CUAACUCACUAUCUUAAUUAUGAUCUUCACACUUUUCUACCAAGAAUCAUAUCUUUUUGAACUAGAAUAUUCUAAAGAGUACAACAAAUUAAAUAAUACUCCCUCCGUUUCAUUUCACUUAUCUCAAAUUUUUUAAUUUGAUUUCUCAUUUUACUUGUUAUUUUUCACCACAAGUCAAGAAGAGAUAAUUUUUUCUCCAUAUUUUACUCUUUGUAUUAAUUAUUUUUUCUUCAAAUUAUAUUUAAAUAAAAUAAUGGUAAAGUUUAGGUGGUUAACAGCAUUAGUAAGACCCUCCGGUACAAAAUUAUACUAGCAGUUAGGUAGAGGUUAGAAUUUCAGAAAAUGCAGGCCACAUGUAAGUCGGUCUACUUUGUUGUUGUAGAAUUUUGACCUCUGUUCGGUUCCUAAAACCUUAAAGAACACCUCUUCUUCCUUAAACCCUUCAACAACAAACCUAGUUUUUAGCAAUUUUCUUUUCAAGUAACUGUUGCAGUUUGUGAAUUGUGUGUAAGUGAAAAAAUAAAUGGGGAGAAUUUUUGUGGUUGAUCUUGAAGGCAGAAGUUACAAUUGCAAAUUCUGCAAAACCCAAUUUGCUCUUGCUGAUGACAUUGUUUCAAAGAAUUUCCAUUGCCGCAGAGGAAAAGCAUACCUUUUCAGUAACGUGGUAAAUAUAACUUAUGGACCUCGUGAAGAAAGGAUGAUGCUUUCUGGAAUGCACACUGUAGCAGAUAUAUUUUGCUGUCAAUGUGGGCAGAUUGCUGGCUGGAAAUAUGAGGUGGCUCAUGAGAAAAGCCAGAAGUACAAAGAAGGCAAAUUUGUCCUUGAAAGAGGCAGGAUCAUCGAUGGAGGUGAUUCCGAAUUCUACAUUGAUAUGCGUCCAAGCACGAGUGAUGGUGAAGAUGCAUAGGCUUGGUUGACAUUAUAUUUAAAUGUAAUGAUAUUUUGUGGUUCAUCUUAUAGGACUUGUCAAAAUCUCUGUUUGGAUAUGCGAUAUCUUGUCGAUAUAGAAAUUAAGUUGUAAAAGUGUUUCUUAAUCAACAUGAUUCGCUAAAGUUGGGGCCCGUUAGCGCCUGUUAAGACAUGUGAUAUGAAAAUAUGUAGUUUUCUUUGAAUAUGUAA